AUGGAUGACAUUGAUCAUUAUAAGAUUCUCGGUUUGCCUUCCGGUGAAGAAGGUGCUAAGCUUACAGAAAAGGAGAUUUCAAAGGCAUACAGAGCAAAGGCUCUUGAGUUGCACCCCGAUAAGAGGCUGGAUGAUCCCGAUGCCCAUGCCAACUUCCAAAUUCUCAAGUCAUCCUAUGAGAUACUUAAGGAUGAGAAGGCCAGGAAGCUGUUUGAUGAUUUACUGAGAGUUAAGAGAGAGCAUCAGCGGCGCCAUUUGGAGCGCGAUUCCAAGCGACAGAAGAUGGUCUCUGAUCUUGAAGCGAGAGAACGAGCUGGCUUUGCUCCAGAUGCAGCUGCCAAAGAUAGAGAUGAAGAGGAGAGAAUUGCUAGGAAGCUUAAGGAAGAGAUUGCGAGAAUACGUGCCAUGCAUGCGAAUAAAGGGGCGGCAACUGCUUCAGUUCCAAAAAGAGAAAGUAGGGGAGUUAGGAAGGAGAGCGUGGGUGGUGCUAAGCCGGGAUUGGAUAAGGAGAAGGUGCUUAAAGUUUCUUGGGAAAAGGUUGGUGAAGGUUAUACAGCCCAGAGGUUGAGAGACUUGUUCUCCAAGUUUGGUGAGGUUGAAGAUGUUGUUAUCAAAGAUGCUAAGAAGAGAGGUUCGGCCCUAGUUGUAAUGACAACUAAAGAUGCGGCUGUUGCAGCAACACAAAUUGUGAUGGGCGACCUUUCUAAUCCAUUGCUAGUUUUACCUCUUCAACCAGUUGCAGUGACUGAUGCUCCACCAGUUCAGAAGUCUGAUGAACCUGAUCGACUUAACAAUUUGAUUGGGGCGAGCUAUCAAACUUUUGAGGAUUCUGUUUUGCAGAAACUCCAAAAGAAGCAUGAAAGGAUGAUGAUCCCAAAAGCACUACAAGAUUCACGAACUGAAUUCCCAUGUACAGGAGCAUAUGCUUUUGCCAAGCCAACGGUAACACGGACCACGUGGCAAGAGAAGUUUAUAAAUACCGAUGUGAUUGGAGCAAAGGGAACUGGUGAGAAGUCUCUCAAGUAUCAAGAUUGUGCAUGA